GAGUUUCCGGAGCUUUCCGGUCGGUUCUGGCAGACCUGGAUGACAUCAUCGCAAAGUCCAACAAGGUGAAGACCUCGCUUCAGGGCUUCUCUCCGGGGCAGGUGCAACAAAAAGAGGCCCAGACUGCGAAAGCCGACAAUGAGCAGAACGAGGACUUCCUACUUCCCAAAGCCUUGGAGUUGCAUUACCAGAAGAAGAUCGACAUUGCGCUAUCCGCUCCCAGGCUGAAGGAUGCAGGCAAGGCGAAAUCUCUAGACCUCCCGGUCUAUUCCCUCUAUGGCGAGUGGGAGAAGUUGAGCCCUUUUGCAGACGAUCCUCUCUCCUACUAUCACCAUUCCCCUGAGAAGUUUCUGCAAAGGCAGGAGACUGUGGGGGGCUUCGGCAAUUCCCUCGGCUUGUCCCUGUCCAAAAACACACAACAAAAGAGGGGUCGGUUUGUGAUGCUUCCUCACUCCCCGGGCCGAAUCACUUGGUCUUGCUUUGGGCUUUUGCUUGUCUUGUGGGAUGCGAUCUCCAUUCCGCUUUUGGUGAGUUGGGAAAUCUCCAACCUCUUCUUCUUCACAAUGGGCAUGAUUGCUAUGAUCUAUUGGUCCAUCGACAUGCUUCUGAGCACCCAAACCGGCUUCUUUGAGGCGGGAGAGCUCAUACUGUCCAGUAGAAGGGCCCUGCUGCACUACUUGAAGAGCUGGUUCCUUUUCGAUGCAACGCUGGUGACCCUAGACUGGGUCAUGCUCUCUUUGGAGGGCCAGGGAACGCAGAGCUUCCUCAUGGGGUCUAAGUUUAUUCGAAUCAUCCGCGUCGUUCGCACACUGCGCCUUAUCCGGCUUCUCAAGCUCAAUGACAUCGUGCGACUUGUGGAAGAGCAGGUGAGCAGUGGAUACACGCAGUCAGUGCAGCUGUUGGCUGCAGUGGUGAAGUCCGUCGUGACGAUCAUGUUUUCGGUGCAUCUUCUCGGCUGCUUCUGGUACUAUGUCGGUCGGACUGAAGUGGAUGCUGGGGACGAAGAUAACUGGCUUCAAGCCUCCGGCUACCAGCACAGUGCGGUGACGGAUCAGUACCUGGCAAGUUGCCACUGGAUUUUGGGCCAGUUCACCCCAGCCCCUAUGAACAUCCAUGCGCAAAGCAACGCAGAGAGGCUCUACAACAUCUUCGUGAUCUUCUUCUCUCUCCUCGUCAUGGGCAGUGCCAUCUCCCGUGUCUCGGCCUCGAUCCAGGCGGCCAUCAAGAUCAAUUCUGAGGCUCAGGAUCGGAGAAGACAGGUCACGCAGUACCUCAAGGUCAACAAGGUAAGCCAGGAGCUCCAGAUCCGAGUGAUGAG